UUAUGGUCAAGAUUCUGCUGCUUUAUUUAGGUAGGAUUGAAGCUUGGUGAGAUACUCUUCUGAUAGGUGCUGAUAAGAUACCGAAACGACCCCAGGGGUAUCCAUAAAAAAAGCGCCACACCUUACAACGCCUAAUGACGCCACAAUCAACCUAAGCUUUUAAUCAGAAGUAUCCAUCAACUAUUAAGAUCGUAUCAUCGAACAAUUCACACAACCUCUUUGCAAACCGAAAAUGGGUCUCGUCGACUAUUCAGACUCAGAAUCCGACUCCGAGCCUGUCGCCCAGCCAGAGCCUGCACCCGCGCCGAUAUCAACCUCUCAAUCGGCACCAGCGAGUGGGAAGCGGCCCUUCCAAAAAGUUGUCGACCGCGCGAAGCCAGGCAAGAUCCUCGUCAACCUCCCCCAGAGCGCAUCCGGUCGCGGCGAGAGCAAGCCCACCGACGGAGAUGACGCGCCGCCUACCAAGCGUGCGAAGAUAGGAGGUCGAGGAGGCGGCGCGUUUAGUGGUUUCAACUCGUUCCUACCGCCCCCCAAGAAUGUCGGAAAGAAGCCCAUUGCGGCAAGUGGUAGUGGUAGUACCAGUAGUGGCAUUGGGAAGCCAGCAUCAAGACCCGUCGUAAACCUAAAGACCGGUGCUGCGCCAGGUUUCAGUAGAGAAACAAACGAGAACAGCGACGGAGGCGUAGGCGAGACGGUUUCGAGAAGCGAAGAUUCAGAACCCGCGGCGAAGCAACCCUCCAUACCAGCAGAACAGAAACCCGCCGACGAAGUCAAGUUAGUGGGCAAGCCCCUAAUGUUCCGGCCAUUAUCAGUAUCCCGAAAACCGAACAAGAAGGGCACUCUAGGCAAACCACCCACAGCCGCAAAAGCCACCACAACGCCAAAAGCCGAGACAGUUACUCCGGCUCCCACACCCAAAGAAGCAAGUCCGCCUCCGAAGAAGAGGGAGAAGAUAAGCCUCUUCUCCCUCCCCGACGAGCAAACGCCGCGAGAAAACGACACCAACUCUACACCCACCACAUACCCCUCCACCUACGAACCGAUGUUCCAAACCACACCCACCGACGAAUUCGCCGCCUACGACGCCCAAAACGCCAUCACCUCCUCCACCCAACCACCACCCUCCGCAUCCGCCACCACCACCUCAAACCAAUCCCUCGACGCCCUCGCCUCCUCAAUGAACCUCUCCGCCGCCGCCCGCCGCGAGCUCUUCGGGCGCGGGGGCACGGUGCCGGACAGCCGCGUAGUCAACUUCGACACAGACAGGGAGUACGCGCACAACGAGGCACUACGGGCCUCGGGCCAGCUGCAACCCGCGUAUAACCCGAUCCGCGCCAUCGCGCCGGGCAAGCACAACCUGCGCCAGCUGGUCAGCCAGGUGCAGAACCAGCGCGACGCACUAGAGGAGAGCUUUGCUACGGGCAAGGGGAAGAGGAAUGAGGCUGGGGCGCAGUAUGGGUGGCGUUGAUGAGAAGAGGGAGGAUAUGAUAAGGAGAAUAGGAGUAGGGGUAGGGGGCCGAUGGUGAUGAGCUCGGAGGGGGGAAGGUAGAGGUUGUUUACGGAGUGAGAAGAAACAAGUGCAUUACGUCCAGUAAUCAGGACCAGGAAGAACUAGCAGUAAGCUAGAUCCCAGAUCGAUGGCCACAAACAAACACGGAAGCCACAAUAAUAGCAAAAUCACAUCGCAUCGCAUAGCAUAGGUCGGCGUCACCAGCAUUAAAAUCAGUCAAGAUAUCCAUCCUAAUAUAACCAUUUGAUUCCCCA